AUGAGUGACUCGAUUCGAAUUGAAAAUUUCGAGCAAAUCGAGUCACUCAUUUCAGAUCUAGAAGGUGGCAUUUUAGGAGCUCUGAACGCAGAGAUACUGUCUUCUAAAGGGAAACCAAAAAAAUGCGUAGUAGUUUUGUCAUAUUUUGGAAUUCACAUCUUUAGACCAGUUAUUUUUGCAAGAACAUGGAAAAUAAAGCUAUUUGUUAGCGAAUUAAAUAUCAAUUCAAUAGAGUAUGCUGAUGAAAAUACAAGAAUAAUAUCUGCUGGUAAAGAAACUAUUCAUUUGAAAUCAAAAGACAUCGAUUUAGUUGAGAAUUCAAUUAUUACAGUACAUUGCACACUCAUGCAAGAUUCAAAUGUUCAUCUUGAAUUGAAUUUCAUUAAUUAUCCAAAAGAAAAACCAAGAUAUCCAAUAAGAACCGAAAAACAUCCUCGAAUACAAGCUAUAAGAUUUUCAAUUUUGUGUGCCAAAUACAAUCAACCAUUUAAUUCUAGCAUCACAAGAUUAUUUUCGGAAUUUGCUAUAUCACAUAGAACAUCAAUUACAUUUGAUUCAAGUCUUACACCAAUCGAAAAUCCAAAAACUAUCAUUGGAACAUUAUUAUUUGAACCAAAUAUUACAAUAUUACAAUUUGAUAACUUCUGUCCAGAAUGUAUAGGAUUUAUAAUUGCAGAAGCACUUAAAAAGCUCAAAUCACUACGAUCUAUUGUAUUAAUGAACUAUCCUUCCAUACAAUUUAACCAAAAUCGAAAAUCCUUCAGUUGUCAGCUGGAAAUUUUACAAUUGCUUUUCUUUAUCGAAUUUUGGACAACUUGGCGUAUUCUUUACACAAUUUUCAGAAUAUCCAGGAGAUAUCCAAUCAUUAACUUUACAAAAUUGCACAAUUACUAUGCGCAAUGCAGAUAG